AGAGCAAACAUGGCGUCUGCUUCGGUAGGUGUUUUGUACACGUCGGAGCCUUCUGCUUGGAAUGUGGCUUGAUGACAGUUGAUAUUAUAACCCAGGCCGAGCUUGCUGUUGAUCCUUUAAACGGACUGUUGACGUUUCUGUUGUGAUUAUUCGGCUGAGCACGUGUAGACGGAAAGAGAACACUUGAAAAUAAAGUCGUUCGCUCAGUAUCGACGAGCCGAAAAAGCUGUUGUGUGCCCACCUGCGCUUUGCCUGAAUCCGAAACUCGCUUUGAUAGUGACGUGUAUGUAUACACAUGAAAAAUGUCGAGCCCGGUUGCUACAGAUUGCUCCAUUAGAGAUUUGCCGGUCGUGCACCUAGUUUGUAAUGCUAGCUCGGGCUUUUUGCGCUUCGCCGGCCGCAAAUGACACACGCGUUUUUAUUCUUGCUUUCUUGUUUCACUGCUCGUCUAGCUUAGUAGAUCAUUUUUCUGUUGGUCGGAUAUCCAAGGUUCUCUGCUCUGCGUGUAUGGCAGAUUUUGAUUUUGUUUAAGUUGUAAAGCUGUUUGAUUGUACAGGAUUUCACUUGUUGCACACUUUAUGAAUCUAGCAAAAAUCGGUUAGAUUUGCGUUGUACAAGAGUUUGGAUACAGGUGCCUCUGCUCAUGGAUGACGAUACGAUUGCUUUUGGAGAAGAAGAUGAGGCGCAAAAAGGAAAACUUACGCAUCCAUAUGUUACAAUGUUCCAUUUGGGCUUCCGAGCUUUGGCCCUAGUCACAUACCUGUUCUGUGGAUUUUGGUCCAGCAGCUUCAUAGGUAGUUUUGUAUCCGUUGUUCUAUUGUUGUCAAUGGAUUUCUGGACAGUUAAGAAUAUAACUGGAAGACUGAUGGUGGGCUUGAGAUGGUGGAACUAUGUUGAUGACAAUGGUGUGAGCCAUUGGGUAUUUGAAUCAAGAAAGAAUCGAAUUAAUCCAGCAGAGUCCAGGAUAUUCUGGCUUGCUUUAAUAAUAUCACCAUUGCUAUGGUGCAUCUUUUCCCUGGUGGCUUUAUUUGGAUUUAAAGCCAAAUGGCUGCUUCUCGCCACUAUUGGCGGUAUUCUGAAUGGAGCUAAUCUCUAUGGAUAUGUCAAGUGCAAAAUGGGAGGAGAUAAAAAUAUUUCUUCAGCGACAUCUGAAUUUUUCAAGAAACAAGUCAUCCAGAACAUGGCGACCAUGAUGACGAGGAGUCCGCCUACCGGUAAUUUCAAUCAGCCUACAAAUAUUAUUUAAAUCAAUCAAUAAUGAAAUGUGAUAUUAAUUUAAUUAUGAAUGUGUAUAAGUUUUCACAAGAGUAAUUGAUUUGUACAAAUUAUUAUAAAUAUUUUUUAAAUACAGAAACAUCAAUCGUA